AUGGCGUGCGGCCUGGCCGGCAAGGAGGACACCGACGAGCCGAUAAAGAAGGCGAACAGCACGAAGAGAGGGAACGCCUGCGAUUCCGGCGAUUGUGCGGCCGUCUGCUCCAACGUGGACUGCUUCUGCCAGGCCCCCUCGUGCGACUCGCUCGCGGAGAAGAGGGCGAACAGCGCGAAGAGUGGGAGCGCCUGCGACUCUGGCGACUGCGCGGCCGACUGCUCCAACGUAGAAUGUUGCUGCCAGGCCCCCUCGUGCGAUCCGCUCGUGGAGAAGAGGGCGAACAGCACGAAGAAUGGGAGCGCCUGCGACUCUGGCGACUGGGCGGCCGACUGCUCCAGCGUGGGCUGCUUCUGCCAGGCCCCCUCGUGCGACCCGCUCGUGGAGAAGAGGGCGAACAGCGCGAAGAGUGGGAACGCCUGCGACUCUGGCGACUGCGCGGCCGACUGCUCCAACGUGGACUGCUUCUGCCAGGCCCCCUCGUGCGACUCGCUCGUGGAGAAGAGGGCGAACAGCACGAAUAAUGGGAGCGCCUGCGACUCUGGCGACUGGGCGGCCGACUGCUCCAGCGUGGAAGAGGGCGACAGCGCGAAGAGUGGGAGCGCCUGCGACUCUGGCGACUGCGCGGCCGACUGCUCCAACGUGGACUGCUUCUGCCAAUCCCCCCCGUGCGACUCGCUCGUGGAGAAGAGGGCGAACAGCACGAAGAGUGGGAGCGCCUGCGACUCUGGCGACAAUGCUGACUGCUCCAACGCGGAUUGCUUCUGCCAGGCCCCCUCGCGCGACCCGCUCGUGGAGAAGAGGGCGAACAGCACGAAGAGUGGGAGCGCCUGCGACUCUGGCGACUGCGCGGCCGACUGCUCCAACGUGGACUGCUUCUGCCAGGCCCCCUCGCGCGACCCGCUCGCGGAGAAGAGGGCGAACCGCGCGAAAAAUGGGAGCGCCUGCGACUCUGGCGACUGCGCGGCCGACUGCUCCAACGCGGGCUGCUUCUGCCAGUCGCCGCAAAAGGGCAGCACACGGUUCCGGAGCGAUGGCUCCGCCGUGGCCUGCGGCUGGAAUUCCGUCGGCCAGUGCGCCCUCCCGGCGCUGCCCGCGGGCCUGACCUACACGACCCACCUGCUGCCGGCGAUGCUCCCCCAGGCGUCGCUGGAUGGCGACACGAUUCGUUUCAUUACCUUCGGCGGGGCGGAGCACUCGAGAUCCUGGGCCGGGCCCGACGCUCGCCUCGCGGACAUCUACGAGCACCUGCGCUGGCCGACUACCGCUCGGGCAGACUGGGGCCCGGAGCCUGGCGGGUGGACCGCCGUCCUGCCGGGCGGCCAGUUGCUGAGCAGCGUAUCGGCCGAGCAAGCUGUCGCAGACGCCCUGGAGCUCUCCCGUGCCGUUCUCGUGAUCUUCAGAAUCUCCUCAGGUGUCCUCAGGUUUCUUCAGGGUGUCUUUCUGGUGCUUGACAGGUUCCUCAGGAUUCCGGCCCUCACAGGGUUCCCGAGGGUUCCGUACAGGCAAACCGCCUCUGAGUCCUGCCCCUUUUCCGAGUCCGCUUCCGGCCAUGAUUUGGUCAUGUUCAAAGGUGUGGCGGCAGAGUCAGCGCGAGAAUGUGAACAGGCGCAGCCGCCGCCGCCGCCUGACACGCUCAGCUUCCAGGUCGUAGUUGUGGGCGGGCGCGCCUCGGGCAAGACAGCGAUCCUCGAGGCCAUGUUGCAGGAAACGGCCGCGCUCGGAGGGGCGCCAGAGGAGGACGCCGGCGGCAUGAGGACGAUAUGCCACGUGGCCUGCGAAUACCGCGGCCAGCCGUUUGCGCCCAGCCUCCUGGAGCUGCCCUCCGACGCCCGGCACGCCGCGGCUCUGCCGUACUUCUGCGCGGCGGCGGCGUGCGUGGUCGUGUCGGUGAACCUGGCAGAUUCUGGUUGCGUGAAGGACUUCGAGGACUUCUCCGACAGGCUGGGCGCGCUGGGCGGGCCGCCGAGCUGCGGCCUGGUGGUGGCCAACUGCGCGGGGGGCGCGCCGAUGGGGGCCCCGGAGUGGGAGAGGCUGGCGGCGCUGCGGGAGACCUCGCAGAUCGAAUGUCACUGCAGGUGCUGCACUUCGAGUCCCUGCAGCAGCUCGAGAGCGGUCGCCUCCUGCAGACCGCGUGCGGGCUGGUGCUGCGCGACGCGCCGCAGCGCCCGGACCCGACGCUCUGCACCUGCUCGGCCGCGGGGUCUCCCGCCACGCGACCGUGGCCUGAGGCGCACGUGGCGCGCGGCUGAGGGCGAACACCGCCGCGCCGCGCCCUCGCCCCGCUGGUUGCCACCGAGCACCGCCCGUUCCCGCCUCGGAGGGCGGCGCUGAGGAGGAGGAGGAGUGAGCCGCACCUCCCUGCUGCGGCACAGGUCGCCCAGCACGCGCUGCGACGCCCAAAUUCCGGCGCAGGUGCCUCAGGCGCGAGCCUCACUGCGGCGCGGGCCUAGCGGCAGUUGCGGUUGGGGAGAUGUGCGGCGUGUCGUAUUUGCGAGGAGGCGUGAGCCGCACGCCUGGUGCAGAAAGAGGCGCUUCUCGCAGGCCGCCAGCGCGGCAGCAGGGGGGGCUGCGCCAGCGGCCGCACGGGCUUGCGCGCGUGUUUUGUUCGUAGCCGCUCGGAGAGGAACUCUUCCAGCGGAACGCUCACUGGAAA